ACAUAUCUGGAUUGCAUGUGGUUAUAUUUUUUGAUUUCUGAAGCACGAUUGAUGCAGUACAGGUGGUCUGAGCCGAGCCAACUGUUCCAUACAAAAAUCUGCAUGUCGCUCACAACAUUUUUAGGACAUAUUUUCGCAGGCUCUCGGGAAUUUAAAACAGCCAGAAGCUGUUUUAUGUUGUUAAAUGAAGAUGCAUGACACUGUGUUUUAACAAAAGUAAUAGUCUACAGGCAUGAUAGUGAAGCUGUAAUGAGGCAUAGCAUGAAUAUCUGUACAUUACAUCACCUACUAACUAACAUUAUGCUAAAACAUAAAUAUCAAUCAUAUCAAUCAUAACCUGUGGCUAAAGUUAGUUCACUGCGAUCAAGUGACUUUUCACUCUGCAACCUUUUAGUGCUGUCAGGGGUCUGGUGGGGAACCUGGAAGUAUGGCUCUUAAUGAGCUCAUUCAUCCUCUCACAGGCUCUUCUGGGUAAAUCCCUGCAGAUCCAGACAUGAGAAAUGGAGUCGCAAACGUGGCUCUGAUAAAAUAUAUACAGCUUGAUAUUGCAAACAAUAACAGGAAAAUAUCAGGCACUGCUCGAAGUGAUCCUGUCUGUAGUAUUGUGCAGACAUAAAUCACUGAGCAUGUCUUUACAUUGUUUUUUUCCUCAUGAGUCAAGUAAUAAUGAUUUAAUUGUUACAUUACGAGGCGCCAGAGAUUAUUAUAACAACACAAAGUCCAGACCAUGAGACCACAAGAGGGGGCAGUCAGUCAGUAUGGCUCACCACCAUUACAAACCAACAACAAGUUGUGUUUGGAAAUUAAAUCUAUUUAUUCAAGAUGAAUGACAUCAGCGAUGCCACUACUGCUGCCAUCAGUAUGACUGAGACUCACUAUUACAGUCUACAUGUGUCAUCUGUCAAGCACUUUUAACUGCACUAACCUGUAUGAAAGGUGAUAUACAAAUGAAGUUUGAUUGAUUAUGUCUAUGUUAUCAUUGUAAUUAUCUAUCAUGAGUCUGAAUUCGUUCAUUCAUUCUCCUGCCCGUGCGUUUGUUCUUGCCAAUAAAGGAAUUAUAAGCAAAAUUAAUCGGAUAACAGCUACUUAGCCAUGAUAAUCCUGUUGUCUUCUCCGUGCGGUCUUCUCGGUCGGGAUGAAUAACGUACCUGGGCUCAUCCAUAGUCAUAAUGACAGAGGCUGCCUAUUGGACGGGUGCGCAGCGCUCACUCCAUAAGCUGGUGAGCAACCGAUCAGCGCAGAGACGCAGAGGGAGAGACGAAGGAGCAGAGCUCGCUGGCUUUGAUAUGAGUGACCGGUUAGGGGGAACACAGACUUGCAGUUGUGCUGAAAUGUGCGUAAAAGGCGCGUUUUCGUUUUUACGCACGGGUAAAAGUUUCAACAUAGGUAGCUUGCUGUUGAAAUUUCCACUUGAAUUACCUCUACUGAAUUCCUGAGUUUAUGAUUUCCACGACAUUGACGUUUUCAAGUGAACAUUCCGCAGAGCACAGUUAUGUAAACUGCAGCGGUGAAGCUUUCUGAAACUUUCUUUUAUUUCUUUACAUUGUGCGCGGGAUCUUUAUCUUUGCUGUGUAUUGAUUUAGGCUUAGAUCCAGCGGUUUAGUGUGACUUUCGGUUUUAAACAGCAAAAUGGAUCCUUUAUUCAAUUCCACCGAUGUGCCAAACUGGACCACCAGCUACAACGACACCAAUAACGGGACUGUAUACUGGAACCAGUUUGUGCAGCCAGUCUGGAGAAUCGUCCUCUGGGCCAUUGCGUACAGUUGUAUAGUUAUUGUGUCCGUUGUAGGUAACAUUACUGUGAUCUGGAUUAUUAUAGCGCAUAAGCGCAUGAGGACCGUCACCAACUAUUUUCUGCUGAACCUGGCGUUCGCCGAAGCCUCCAUGUCCGCCUUCAACACGGUCAUCAACUUCACCUACGCCGUACACAACGAGUGGUACUUCGGACUGGUCUACUGCCGCUUCCACAACUUCUUUCCGAUCGCGGCCGUCUUCGCGAGCAUCUACUCCAUGACUGCCAUCGCUCUGGACAGGUACAUGGCCAUCAUCCACCCUCUGAAGCAGCGCAUGUCGUCCACAGAGACCAAAGUGGUGGUGGGAGUGAUCUGGGUGCUGGCUCUGCUGCUGGCCUUCCCUCAGUACUACUACUCUAACACGGACGAGCUCCCCGGUCGAGUGGUGUGCUACAUCGACUGGCCCGAGUACAAAAUGUGCGACUUCAAAAAGAUGUACUAUGUGUGUGUGGCCAUCCUGAUCUACUUCCUUCCUCUGCUGGUGAUGGGUUGUGCUUAUCUGGUGGUGGGACUGACCCUGUGGGCCAGUGAGAUCCCUGGAGACUCUUCUGAUCGCUACAAGGAGCAGCUGACCGCCAAACGCAAGGUGGUGAAGAUGAUGAUCGUGGUGGUGUGUACGUUUGCCAUCUGCUGGCUGCCCUACCAUGUUUACUUCCUGCUGCACCAGGACUUCCCUGAAAUGUUUGAGGAACCGUUCAUCCAGCAGGUCUACCUGGCCAUCAUGUGGCUGGCCAUGAGCUCCACCAUGUACAACCCCAUCAUCUACUGCUGCCUCAACGACAGGUUUCGUGCUGGUUUUAAACAAGCCUUCCGCUGUUGCCCCUGCAUCCUUCAAGGCUCCUACGAAGGCCUGGAGCUCAAGUCCACUCGCUACCUUCAGACCCAGACCAGUGUUUACAAGGCUAGCCGCAUGGAGACAACCGUGUCUACUGUUCUCCAGGUUGGGGACGACAUGGAGCAGCCCAAGGUCAAGGCAACAGCGGGUCAAGGGCCUGGUGGGGCUGGAGUCGGUGCCAGGCCACAUAGCUCCUCCCUGGACCUGACCUCGAAUGGGUCAUCGUCCCGGAGCGUCUCCAAAACAGUAUCAGAGACGUCCAGUUUCUACUCCAGUAACAACCUGCAGGAAUAGACCUCAAACACAGGAGGCAUGUUGCUGGAUAUCAGAGAGUGAGUAUGAGUUGACUGUUCACAUUGUGGCUUUUGCCUGCAUCCAUGCAAAAGUACACUGUGAAUGUGUGAGUUGUCUGCAAGUGACUGUGGCUGAGUUUUGGAUGAAUACAUUUCCAGUGUGUUCACUGGAACCAUCAUGUUACCUAAUUUGCAAGUGAGACUAAAUCCCAGUCCACUGAGUACUGUCUUCACCCACCAUGCCCUUGUAUAAAGCACUCAUGCUUCUCACAGCUAAUGAUAAACUCGCAUUAGGAAGUUUGCUCUGUGCCAAAAAGUGAUGAUGAGCAUGUCGACGACAUGAGCACAUUCCAGUUCAAAAGCUAAACUGAAGCAGACGCUUGCGCCUCCAAACUUAACGGCUUCUGCUUGUCACACCAGCCUUCUCUCAGCGCAGAGAAGGUUCACACAUCCUCAAUCACACAAGCUGUGUGACUUCACAGUCUAUUUAGAGAGGAGCUAUAACAUGAGACUAGCAUGCUGUGAACACAGCAGCUUCUCGUUUUGACCGGGGUGUACUCUGCUGAAGAGAGAGCUCUGCUUUUCAGACAGUUCUCUACACCUCUUGUAGAGAAAACCUGGUUUUCACAGGAACUCUCUCUCCAGAGGAAACAUGUUGAAAACACCGGCAGAUGUGUGGUUUCAGUUGAAAGGCUCUCCCAGAAGAGGUGAUCAAGACAGAAAAAAGUAUAAUAAAGUAUAAACCCUGAACUUUGUAUGUGUGAGUGUGUGCAUGUGUGUGUGAGAGCUGAUCAGGACACCAAGUCCAUCUCCCCGAGCAGGAGUUCCUCAGCAAUCCAUUGUGCAACACGGGUGCCUGUCUGGCUGACGAGGCGCUCUGAGGAUCUCCUGCAGCCGUUGCUAAAAAGGUCUGGCAAUCACCUGAAGCGACAGCAGCUUCUGGCUCAGCUUUCAACCGGCUACACAUUGGAUACUGGCUUCAACAGCUGGGAGCAUCAUCUCUGAGAUGAAGAGGUGCUUCAAAUACUGAAGAGGCAACAGCAGACCUCAAGUGAACACAAGCGUUUUACCAGGAGCUUAACUGCCCAAUAUGAAACCCAGAUUCAGUCCCCCAUUACACCAUUAAAGCCAAACAACACCGGUAGCAGAAGGGCAGCGGAUGAUCAAACAGAAUCAAAUCAGCUUCACAACAGUAUUAUUAUGUCCUACUUCCUGUUUAUCUAACCCGCUCCACCUGUAUCAGACCCACGACACCAGGUCGUGAUCUGAAUGUAAGGCAACACUUUCAAAAUGUGAAAUAUUGAUGUGACUCUCAUUAGCUGCUCUAAACCUUCCACCUGGCACUAACAUGCACUCUGUGUCUUAAUAUGAUUCAGCUGGAUUACAUUUACACCUUUUUACCAUUUACCCCUCAUGUUAAUGUGUCUUCAGUACACACGGUUUUAUUUUGUGUGAGUUUUCUUGGUAUUCUCACCUCCGACCUCCUGUCUGGGCGGUUUCAGUGAUCAGUUCUCGCUGUCGCUCCGUCUAAAUGUAAUCCGGCCGUUCAAGGUGAAUGUUAAUAUCAGGUUUAAAGGGCUUUCGUAGAUGUUUCAGCCUGGACUUUGCACAGGCAGCCUGUGUAGCUGUGUAGCGUAGCUGUGCAGUGAUGUGCCUUGCUGCUAAAGCAUAAUGUCUGUAGUAGUGUGAGGGGAGCGGAGAGGGAGCCCGCUCUGCUGGGGUCCAGGAAGAGGACGGUUAGAUGACAGGGGCUACGGAAGCCCGCUGGGACAACUGUCUUUCUGAGUCAAACUGUCUUAAUACUGUGGCAAAUAGUUUAAACUUCAAUGACUUCUUUCAAGAUAGUCACUUGCCACGUUUCAAGCACAGCUUUUUAAAUUUCAUAAAGGAAGUCGAGUUAAUUAUUGGAAGUAAGAAUGUUUUUCUACAAAAACCCAGCAGUGAGCUUAAUAACUAAAUCCACAAGAUUUACAUAUUAACUGUGAGCAGAACAAACACACAGGCUCAUCAACUCUAAACAGUGAAGCUGUUAUCAGACAACAAUAAACACAAAGCUUGAAAGACAACAAGUAUUAUUAUUCUUGGUGAAGUAUUUAAGUCUAAAACUCCUGUUUUUCCGGAAACAAGUUCUGACGACUCCAUUCGUUUUGCCUUGGAAAUAAUUUCAAUAGUCUCACAUCAUCAUCAGGUAGGAUUUAUGAGACUCACUCUCAAAUCAAAUCAUAUUUCAAGAUGGAUAUUCUUUGCAGUGUGCAUUGCACAACACACACAGAGAAUGAUCACCUGACACCCAUCAGUCUCCUUCCACACACACACACACACACACACACACACACACACACAGCACAUUCACCCUGCUGACGCCUGGUCUAUUCUCAGCACACAAAGCCUGUUGUUAUAAAUUCCACUGUCAGCUGACAUGAAACCGAAGAGCAGAUGUGAAGCUACGUGACUUUAUUGGAAUUACAAUGACGGUCAGUAUUGUAUCACUUUAUUCACCGAGUACGAGGCUUACGGGACUUUUUGUAAGUGACAUGGAAACAUAUCAACGACACUAAGCGGAGGGACAACAGGAGGUCACAUUCAGUGAAGAGAGAAAACGAGGGACAUACAACAGACAUUAGAUGGCGUAAAAAAUGUCAUCACAGUUGACAUUCCACUAGUAGAGCUUUUAGGAGAUUAAUAUCUUGGCCAAGUCAGUUCAGUGAUGAGGACAUCAGGAUCUUGGACUCUGUUACAACAGUCCAAAGCUCGAGGUCUAAAGCGUGUGGCGCACGUGCAUUUAGGGCGUAUCCAUAUCCACUUCUGAUCAUUUAAUGGCAGAAAAAAAUUGUGGCUGUGUGAGGCACAUGGUUGAAAAGGGUUGUGCUUAGUCCCUUUAUUAUUCAUGGGGUGUUUUGGGAGUAUCAUGCAAUAAACCAAUCAGAGUGCCAUCUCCCAUUCCCUUAAAAAUCCAGGUGAUUGCACCUCGGCGGAUUGCUGUUAUAAUGGCGGUAUGCUUUGCUCUGCAGAGGAAACGGCUCUCUGUUCAUAGUUGCAGUGCUCGCUCGCUCUCUCUCUCUCUUGUUUUCGAGCUGUACGUAUGUCCAUCCUAUUCUCGUCGAUGCGAUAUCUCAGUAAUGCUUUGAAGGAACUUCUUCAAAUUUGGUACAAAAGUUCACUUCGGCUCAAGAAUGAACUGAUUAGAUUUUGGUGGUCCAAGGUCAAACAUGAAGGUCACGGUGACCUCACAAAAUGAGGUUUUGGCCUUGUGAACGCAAUAUCUCAAGAGGACAUAAAGUGUUUUGGCGGAGGCAUAUAACCGUCCAUCCAUGAUUGGCUGACAAACCUUUGUAGGUGUAGUCAAAUCAAUUCAACCUUCUUUCAUGCAGUUUUUCCACUAAGGGACAUGACAAAAAAAGACAAAAAGCAAUACAAAUCGCUACUGCCUUCAGAUAGUGCUGGCUAGAAACAUGGCUCCACUUUUAGAAUAUCAAGCAUGACAAGUCCUUAUGAGAUUGUAGACAGCUUGGUAUCACUUACAGUCAAUGAGUUAUUAUUGUUUUAAUGAGAAGUGCUUAAGAAGUGAAAUUGGACAGACGGCUGGCCACUGGUAAAAUGCUUCACCUAGCUGUUGUGGUCACUUACAAAACUAUUAUGUUUUUUUUAGAAUAGAUUUGCGGCUGUUUGGGGUUAUUCAAGCUGCAUCCCUGCAUCAAUAAUGCAGGAGGAAGUGAAAAGUUAAUUCUGUCCAAUUGAUUCCUCAAUAUGUUCGAUAAAGGCAACAGCAUCAGAUGCAGCAGUCACAAGCAUUUUGAAAGAAAUGCAGAUAUUCUAGUUAUAGUUCAAUCACAGAGGCUGAGAGCGAGAGAGAGAGGGCCUGGAGAGAGCGAGAGCAUUGUGGUUGAUGUUAUUAGAACACACUCAUCUGUUUACACUGUAAACGAGAGCCGUGAUGCCUCCUGCCCUGAUGGGAUGAUGUGGAGUCAGUGAGCUGGAUAGGAAAAUAUUCUGUCUGUAUAAUGCUGUAAGUAGAUUAGCUCAUGCAGCAAGUGUUCAAGAGAGCAUUUGUGUUUCCUGUUUGUGUUUCCUUGUGAGGACCAGCAGACCUCUGCAGGACAACGAGAUGAGGACCAUCCUCUAUUGUAGGAGAUUUGCUAUUUUUAGUAGCAUUUUUUGGCACCCAGCAGUAUCACUAUCAGUAAAUAUUGAUUAAAAUAACUUAUUUAAAAUAUAUCUAGAUUAAUGUGUAAAUAACUUUUUCACCAAGCUAUGGUUCUGAGUGGAUGCUACGAGUGCUGUGAUUAUAGUUAUUGCCAUGGCUCUAACUACAUGUCUGCUUAGCUGUAGCUGUAAUGUCAGCUGUUGCUGUGAUUGUUACUGGCUGACUUUAACUUUGACCAAGGCAGAGCUGUAAAGCCAAACACUCCCACCAGAACGUGAACUUGUAACAGAUAUGACAGAUGUUGCUAAUACACCACAGGAGUUUGGGAAAAGCUUCACCACAACCCAAUCAAAUAACCAUCUUCACUGCACCUGCAUGUUAUUAGUGUUACACCAUUAAAAAAUAAUGUGUCACAGCCACAACAGCCACAGCCAUGAUUAUAGCAAUGUCAGUAGCUAAAGCCGUGUGCACAGCCACAAUCAGAGUAAGGGCUGCAGUCAGUCAUAAUUAUUAGCCUACGGUUAUCUUAACAUUAGCUGCGAGACUUCCAGCCAAGUGAUCAUGGACACCACAAUAUGAUUAAUCGCAAACAUUAAUUUAAUUUUUAAAUUUUUACUAUGAAAUAGCAUUUAUCAUUAGGUUGGCAUGACAACUUUGUCAUAAACUUUUACCUGAUACAACUGCCUUAAAUCAGCUAAGUUUUGUUUCAGUGCCCCACCUGCACUUACCCCCACAGCCAGCCACAGGACAGGACAUGCUCACUCAUGCCGUGGUCAUGUUCAGUGGCUAUGGCUACAAUUUGGGUCUGGUAAUGACUAUCGAGUGACUACUGGUAGAAUACGUGUUUUUUUUUUUUUAAUAUGUGAACCCUUGGUACGAAGCAAUGUCCUUGUGUGACCCCCCCCCUCACCACCACAUGACACUUGUAGAAGGUAUUAGCACGCCAUUUGAAGUACGAUUCCUCUUAGAUGGUUUCAUUUGAGUAUUUUGUAUAGACCUGAGGUAAAACUACCUUGUUAAAAGAAAGCAAAGCGAAGAUUAGAGAAGACAAUUUUGGUUUUCUAUUUUCUACCAGAGAGGCCAUAUCUGACCUUUUAGCCUAAUCCUGGGACUUUGUUUUGGAGGGGGGUGAAAUGUCUGAUUGCCGCCACAGGCUCCUAAAGAGUUUGAUUUUCUCACAGAGAGCCUUCAUCAGAGGAGUAACAAAGAUAGGUUAUAAUUAGGUUUAGGCUUUCAGGGCUGUAAUUGAUGAAAGGUCCCCACAAGGAUAGCAAUACAAACCUUCCUGCAAGUGUAAAGCAGCUGUUUUCUUUUAAACUACAGAGGACAUGAUUCAGCCACUCUUAUUAAGAUUUAAAAUAAUAUUGAAUCUGAAUCCCACGCAAGUUGUUAUGGGCAUAAAUGACAGGCCUAACAUGAUAUGAUGACCAAAAUAUCCAUUACAGUGUGGCAUCAGCUGUCUGGACCAGAGAGAGGAAUGUAGGAGUGGAGCGAGCAUUCCAAAAACCCAUCUUAUUAUCUCAUCAUCUUUUGAUUUAUUUAUUUUUAAUUUGACUGCGGUACACUAAUCACAACCGGCAAGCCAGGAAUAAUCCCCACCGUGCGUCCCAAAUGCAAAGCUUAUUUCCCGCAUCCUCCCAUCACUUGGACAGGUCAAGUAGAGCGGAUGAAUGGGAGUCUGGGGCUUUAAUGAAUGUGUAAUCAACUUUGUACAACGAGUUUUCCUUAAAUGAACGUACAGCAGGCUUUCGCUGUCUCUGCUGGUCUAACACACACACACACACUCUCUCACAGAGCCGUCACUGAUGUAGUUGAUAGAGUGAUGGAGACAAAAGAUGCCAGCUUGUUGCUGAGAAGAGGCGCCAGGCAGGCGACGCAGCGGGGUGAAUAGCCUCAUCAGCAGCAUCUCUUCCUGUGUUUCUAUCCAUCCCUCGCUCUCCAAUCAUGCUAAUUACAGCAGCGAAGUGGAGAGGGCAACCAGCCAAACACAUACACAAGCACCUCACACACAAGUGUACACAUACACACACACACACACACACACACACACACACACACACACACAACAGAUUGUCGUACUUGUCUGCUACAGUGACCUUUUUUUCUAAGUAUUUUUGAGAGUCAUUCAAGUCAUUCAGUGUCCUCAUGUUCACCGAUGGGUCAUUAACUGUGCACUUCACUGCGAGAAAUAUAUGUUAUUUACAAGAAUGUCUACAUAUUAAGAUGACGCUUCAUCCAGAGUAAGUGCAUCAUGUGAGCCAGUGUAUAAACACCCUGCAAACCUAACUGCAGUGAAGAACAGUCUCUGCAAUAUAUGUAAAAAUGUGCACUGCUGCAGUCAGCCUCAGUAUUGUUGCUUUGUGAAAACACUCAUCCUGUACAAAUGCCUGAACCUUUCCCCCUGCUCUCUUUUGCAAACCUUAUUCUGAAUGUGACAUUUUGAGCUGAAAAGAGAACUUACCUUGAAUUGUGACAUAGAAAUAUCUGUAUCUAUAUUGUGUUGUGAAUUGAAUUCAUCCAUGGAAAGAUGUAAAGUAUGGCAUCGCAGCAUGUUGGACUUUGGACUGUGUGUCCUUGGAAAGAUGCCGACUCUGUGCCAUCAAGAGACAUCUUCUUUACAGUGUGAGUGCCUGUUACAAUACAAAUGGUCAUAUACCUCUGCAUUGCCCCGCUGCACGCUGUGUCUGAAAACUAAAUACCACUGUUUUUGCUGAGCCUGCCACGUGGGUGAGGGUGAGCCUCCAGUUAUUAAUGUAAUCACAUCCACAUGCAUUAGCCUUACUUUAGCCCUGGCAUUUAACACAUGUACUGGGUUUGCCACACUACAGCUUAACGAGAUUUAUUUGUCAAUCAGGAGACUGACAGUCAGUGUUUCCAUAUGUGUUCAAGUAAUUCCGUUUUUGUCUCUGUACUCCUCAGAAAUAAGACUUCAGGUUGAAGGAUGAGGCUGACAUUGUUCCAUAUUUUUCUUAUUAUCAUCAAGUCCUCCGUCUGGUAAUCUGACUGAAUUACCUUUUUUUCCUAGUUUCCUGUUUGGAGAGGAGUUAUUUUCUCUUUUUUUUCUCCUUUUUUUUUGCCUGACCAUGUAGCGAGUAGUGUAUUCAUUCCAUUAAUGUUAUUUUCAGUCAACACAGACGCUGUGAUAGUGUUAGGAGCAGAACAUUAUUCAAGUUGUCAUUUCUGUACGUCUCAAAAGCCUGUACAGCUGCAUCAGACUCGUCCAUGCUUGUUGCCAUUGUCGUGAAGUUAUUCUUUAUGGAUCUGGCUACUAUAGGUCUCUAGGCAAAAUAUGUGGGCAGAUGAUGUUUCCAUUAUUAAUCACACCUACUUGGCUCUUAUUGGUUUACUGUCCCUCCAACCAGCAGAAACAGCCAUCAGAAGGAACAACAUUUCAUUCAGGGACCAGGCUAAACAAAUCUCAUGAAAACACCAAAAACAACAAUGAAUGUAUCCUACUAAUUACGUACUAAUUAUAUCUCUCUGAUAUAAUUAAUUCUUCUGUGUCAUUGUUGUCCAAAAACACACCAGCUUCACCGUUGAACUGGGUGAUGUGCUCCUUCAUUACCAUGAACACACACACUGUCAGGCAAGGCAAGUUUAUUUCUAUAGCACCAUUCAGACACGAGUCAGAGAAAGAAUAGAACAUUAAGAUGACAUUAAAAUAGCAUUCAAAAACAAUAGAAACAAAUUUGACUAAAUAAAAAAUAUUUAAAUAAUUCAUAUCAAGAUUGACUAAAGUCAGACACCUGACACCAUCCUACUGCUGGAAAUACUCACUCACUCACCAACUGUGUAUGAAUCCACAGAAUACAGCCCCCAACAAAUACACGGUUUACUGCUGUUUGAGUAAGACUGACUGCCACAGGGUUUUACAGCAGUGUUAGGACAUUACUGAGCUUUUUCAGAAAAGUGCACCUUCUUCUUUUGAACCAGGUUUUAAAUAAUGGACAGCUGUAGGAACAAGUGCAGUAGAAACAAAUAGGUUUGGAGCUGAGUGGGUGCCACAGAGAGCUUAAAAAAGUCAAAGUAUUGCAAGAAGGAUUAAUGCAUUGUUGGUUUAGGGGAUUUGUUGACAAUAAAAAGAAUAUAUAGCACAGCCUCAUCCUUUAAAGUGCUGACUCUCAGCUUUAAUUAGAGGGUGAUUUCGGUACAUUCAAAUCCAAUCAACCAUGCAGAACUUGCUCUCCUUUGAAUUUUUAUUUCUCAUGGGUACAGAGCUACUAUUCCUUCUGUUCCCUCAAUAUUCUUUUUUUAAUCCCUAAAACACCUUUAAAGCUGAAAGGUCAGCACUUCAACCUCACAGUCAGUGUUUCAUUAGAAUGUGCUGGGAUAAAGAGCUCACUGAUCCUGCGAGCUGUGAAAAGAAACAUUUCUGAUCGUAAACGUGACUGAACAUUAAUACCGUAUGGAUGGAUUCAAAUAUCUUACAGACUUUUCAGACAUAGCCGUGUAUGAGCCCUGCUCUUGUAUUGGUGUUUUGCGUGCUUCUAUCAUGCUUAUUUAUUCCUGACAGAGAAUUUAAAUGUUUCUGUAAAAGUUUAAUCAUGCUUUACCCAUUUGGAAAGAAAACAUCAGUUAACCUUGUGUAUUUUUUCAAUGUGAGUGCUGCUCUGAGGUGACUGUGUAUCUGUGUCUGCCUCGAUCGUUACCUGUGGUGUCACAUUUACUGUACAGUGAGUGUUUUUAUCUGUGCCAAGAUUGGGAUAUCAAUUUUAAUGUCUUCUAUUAAAGAAAAGCAGUCAUGAAAGCAUU